AUGUCAAAAGUGAAAGUUUAUAACACCCAGAUGUACCUGGUGCGGCUAGAAUCGGUACUAACUCCCGUCAAGCUGUGCGUGACCGUGCUGGCGUUUCUGCUGAUGACAGUGACGGGAACGGUUCAGCCGGAAGCUAACAGCAUCGUUCAUCACCCAUCACCACAUCACCAUCGGCACCAUCUGCAUCGGGGUGUGACGCAACAGGAGUAUGAUAACAUCGGUGACGGCGGAGGCGGUAGUGAUGGUGACCGAAAAAUCAUGCAGCAUGGCAAUUUUAUACUCAUCGAUUACCUGAACGAUGGCGAGCGGGAACGGCGCAUCAGUUGGAAUGGUGCAAUCGGCAAGGAGACCAGUCUAGCCGAUAAUAGUUCCAACAAAACGUUGAGUCUCUGGCAAAUGGUCUUCGGCAAGUACCUGAUACAGAUUAUCUUCAACAGCGAUGGACAAAUGAUGGACUGCGAGUACGUCCGGCAGCGUGGUAUGGUGCAUCAGUUUCGGACACGGUUCUAUAAGGAUUUCUUCCAAGCAUCGGCACGUAACUUCACUUCACCGUUUAACGGUUUGGCCGGCAGUACGAGACACCGUUCGCUGGUGUCCGAUCAUGACUUCGAGCAGUACAUCGAGCAUGAUAUCGUUACGCCCGAGAUGGAGGAGCUGCAGUACAAUGUGUACGAGUUCCCGGCAGGCGUUCCGGAUACGCACCAAACCAUCGAUGCGUUCGGCAUGCGCAAUCUGACGUACAUUCCGCUUCAUGCCCAGUCAGAUAUCCCGGCAGAUUUGCUGGAACUGUUAAACUUUCGCGAACUAAAGCAGCGCUGUAAUGUGCGGCACAUGCAGCUAAAAGAAAUUGCCCAAGGUUUGCAGAGUUCCGAUCCCGAACAUCAGCGGAUAGCAAACGAGAAUUUGCAAAGACAGAGACGGGACCUGUCCAGUAUGAUGCGCGUUCCGGGCACGAAAUGGUGCGGUAAGGGCUGGAGUGCCCGCAACUACGUCGAAAUGGGCGGUUACUCGAAGGCCGAUCGAUGUUGCCGCCAACACGACCUAUCCUGCCCGUUCUGGAUACUGGGGUUCGAGACGAAGUACAACCUGUUCAACUGGCGCGUCAACACACUGAUGCACUGCGGAUGCGACGAGAGAUUUCGUACCUGUCUCAAAAUGGCCGACUCCAGUGAUGCCAAUCUGGUCGGCAAGCUGUUCUUCAACAUUGUCCAGAUGAAAUGUUUCGUGCUGAAGCCAGAAACGGUGUGCGUGAAACGGACCUGGUGGAACAAAUGCGAAAAGAAGAUCCGCCGGAAACGGGCACAUCUGCGGGACAAUAGAAAGUUUUAG